AUGACUUUUAGGAGUAGUCUUAGAAUCAAACAAGAUUUAUCUGAAAUAGAAAAAGAUAAUUGUUUUAUAACUAAAGCUGCUUGGAUUUCUUCAGAAAUCAAUAUACAUUGCUUAACAUCUAUAAUAAUUUUAGUGUCAUCAGUAGAGUUACCAGAAUAUGCAUUAAAUGUAUAUCUUUUCAGUAGUCAACCAUGUGAAGCAACGUUUCGCAGUGCACGAUCAUUAAGUGGCACAUUUUCGUCAGUAACAAACUUUUCAGUCUUUGCAUUUAUGAAUAAAAUUGAAAAAAUAUCAACUUUAAAUAGAAUUAAAUCCACAGAAGAAUCCAAUAACACAACAUGUUCACUUAAAUUUCCGAUUCAUCAUAAAAAUCUACGUAAUGAAUCAUCUAAAGCUGCCAACAACCAAAAUCUGAACACAAUAACAACAAUUGAUAUUGAAAAGAUAAUUCUGAAAGCAUAUAAAAAAAGCAGAGUCAAUCAUGAACGAGUUAAAGUUAACGGAAUCUUUAAAGAGGAAUGA